AUGGGAAAGUUGAAAGGGGAAGGGGCAGAAUUGCGAAUACCGGGCGGACCUGAGGGGCCGCUUUCCCGCACGCGCCCUGGACCCUCCGGCACUGCAGAGCUCCCCGAGUCGGGGACCCCGGACCCCAGGGCUGAGGAGCGGCCUCUAGGUCCAAUCAGCAUUUUUCCCUCGGAUUCCUCUACAGGACUCAACCAGGACUUUCCAAAAGUUGCCGCGGGGCUUUCCGAUCCCCUGUUCUGUGUACGACUCUGUGCCACGCAGCGGCCAUCUCCCAAGUCUGGCCAGGCUGAUGGGGCCAGCGAGGAUUCUCUGCACCUUGACAUUCAGAAGCUGAAGGAGAAGAAGGACAUGCUGGACAAGGAAAUCUCCCAAUUAAUAUCUGAAGGCUACAGUGUAGAUGAACUGGAGGACCACAUCUCCCAGCUCCACGAGUAUAAUGACAUCAAGGAUGUAGGCCAGAUGCUGCUAGGCAAACUAGCCGUGAUCCGAGGUGUCACCACCAAAGAGUUGUAUCCAGAAUUUGACCUGGACAUGAAUGACUGAGCUCACAGCCGCUUGUCCACGGCCCACUGGGGCAGGCCGAUGUGGACAUGAGAAGCAGUGAAAGCCCAACCAGAGCACCUACAGGCUUUCCAGUGAGAAAGUGUCAGAAGCCCUUUUCUAGAGAGCCCAAGCCGAGUCAGGAGGGAGCCCAGAGAAGAAGGGGGGCAGAAAGAAGGGGAGUUCCCAGCUCUGAGGUUCCUGAAAUGUUCCAGUGAUACCUGUGUAUGUGUAUAUGUAUCCUGUUUGUAAAUAAACAUAUGAGCGAUUUUGGUGCAAA